AAGCUUGUUUUGAGAGCUCAACCAACAUUUAAGCAUCUCCGGUAGAGGUUAACAUGAAGUUAACGUCCUUGUUCAGGUAAUAUCGUAAUAUCGCAAAGCAGUACUUAGUACUCUACGUAUAACUUAUGCCGCUAACUGUCUCGCCACACUUCGGCAACGCUCGAAACUACCCAAACUUUCAGUACUGCCCGCGGCCAUCCGUGCCCGGAGUUGCCUGCAGCUAGUUGGCAUCGACAAGUUUCCUGGAAUCGUCGCGAUGUCAUGACAGCCGCACUUGUAGGCUGCGCCGGUAGAUUUAAGUUCGCUUUUUCCUCGUACAAUUCUAGCUCGUGCAGGUUAUCCGCCGGCGUAUUGGCUAGUAACAAAACUAGUUUUCCUGCUGCCGCUUAGUACGCGGCGUGUUUCCGACUCGGUCGCUCUGUCGGCGUGGUGCGAAUUCCGAAACUUGUUCGACACGAGUGAUGGAGUGUCCUGCAUCCCCUGGGAUCAGCCGAGGAGCGCUAAGUACUACGUGUCACCGAAUCCACGUUGUCAGUUGCUGAACUGUCCUGCUGGUCCUGCCUGUGGAGAACAAGGACUCACUCGUUGGAUUUUUUAUUCUCUGCUGCGUCCAGCCAUGUUGCGUCGGUUCCUUCAAGUGGGUGCCCUGGCUGGCACCACCGGUGCCACCUAUCUGGCGCUGCGCAACAACCAGUGGGAUGUCUCCAACAUUGGCAUCGUGCGCUUUGGACGGGCUGCAGCCACGGUGUCCAGGAUAGCGUACGACUACAAAAUGGCCACCCUGGGAAUGGACCAGGGCUCCGAGGAAUACGCCAAGGCGCGCUCUGAGGUGCACCAGCGGUCGGCGGAGCGGCUCCUGCGGCUUUGCUGCAUCAACGGCGGUGUCUUUGUCAAGGUGGGCCAGCACGUGGGCGCCCUGGACUACCUGCUGCCCGAGGAGUACGUCUGCACCCUGAGGGUGCUGCACAGCAAGGCACCGGCCUCUCCGCUCCACAGCAUCCUCCAGGUGCUCCGCGAGGACCUCGGGCAAGACCCGGAGGAGGUGUUCUCCACUUUCUCGGAGCAGCCCAUCGGGGCUGCAUCCCUGGCCCAGGUCCACCGUGCGACCCUGCGUUCCUCGGGUGAGACGGUGGCUGUCAAAGUGCAACACCCGUCUGUGCUGGGGAAUUCCCUCAUCGAUAUGGCCACCAUGGAGCUGCUGGUGAACAUUGUGGCCAAGAUCUUCCCGGAGUUCUCGCUCAUGUGGCUGGCAGAGGAGACAAAGCGCAACCUUCCACUGGAGCUGGACUUCGUCAACGAGGCACACAACACGGAGCGAGUUCAUCGCAUGUUCUCCCACUUCCCCUGGCUCGAGGUGCCCGAGAUCCACUGGGACCUGACUACGAGGCGUGUGAUGACCAUGCAGUUCUGCGAGGGCGGCCAGGUCAACGACAAGGCCUACAUGGAGAAGAAUGGAAUAUCGGCCAUGGAGGUGUCCAACCGUCUGGGCCAGCUGUACAGUGAAAUGAUCUUCGUGCAAGGCUACGUGCACUGUGACCCCCAUCCGGGAAACCUGCUGGUGCGACAGGGCAGUGAUGGACCGAUGCUGGUGCUGCUGGACCACGGGCUGUACACGGAGUUGACGGACCAGUUUCGGCUGCAGUACGCCAACCUGUGGCUAUCCCUGAUCCGGCGGGACCUCGAGUCCCUGGAGCACUGGGGUAACCAGCUGGGUGUCUCGGGCGAGCUUUGGAAGAUCUUGUCGUGCAUUGUGUCGGGCCGCUCAUGGAAGUCCAUCACUCAGGGUAUCGACCGCCAGAAACAGACCCAGGCAGAGGGUUCUGAAAUCAAGGAGUUUGCAAGCCAGCACUUCCCGCUCAUCUCCCAGAUCCUGGGGAUGGUCCCUCGGCAGAUGCUGCUCAUCUUCAAGACCAACGACCUGCUGAGGGGCAUCGAGACCAGCCUUGGGACACGAGGUGCAGCCCGGUCGUUCAUCACCAUGUCUCGGUGCUGCGUGCGUGCCGUCUACGAGGACCAGCUCAAGCACUGUGCCAACUGGUGGUGCAGAGUUGUGGUGGUGGUGCGCGCCUGCUUUGCACAGUCAGCCAUCACCAUGUACCAGACAUACCUUUGGCUCAGGACUAAACCACUCGUCGGGAGGCUGCUCAGGUCAAGGGACUUGGCGUGAGGCUCGAGUGAAGGAUAUGCGAGUUCCCGAUAUGCUGUGGGCCCGACUGGUUCGGUCCGGAUUCUCCAGAAUCAACAUGAGAAUCUGGGAACGAGGAAGAACACCUGUUCUCGGGGAAAACGUGAACACGGGUAGGGGAUCCUGAUGCCCGUGUGCUUAUCAUAGGACACCUAGAAACACGAUAUAUUUUCUCUUGAAGAAUCUCAUCGCAUCUGCUGUUACUGUGGUUGGUGCUGCUAUGACGCAGCAACUUGCUGUGAAAUGCAAGAAGCGUGGACGAGCUUAAGACUCUUAGUGCAAUCACACGUUUGGCUCCAAAGCAGUCCACUGGAAUGGGAAUACUCGAGGCGUGCAACAUCAUUGCUCUUUGUAUCAAACUGUCAGGAGGUCAUCUACCUCUUUCUGAACUGUUAGUGUACUGAAGUCUUGUCACAGCUUACGCUGGGUCACAACAAUGUAUGCAGUGCUUAAAGUCUGGCUCCAUCAAAGGGGGGUCUCCAGUGAUUCGAGCAUAGGUGGAGAGCGAAAUAAAGUGGCAGAGAGAAAAAGCAGCUGAUACCUUGUUUGACACAUAGUUUUAUACAAACGGGCAAAAUAAUUUUUAAAGGUGUUUUCUUUUUUGCUCAAUUUAUGAUGCACACCUGAAACAAGCGAUCCCCACGCUCUGCCAGUGGGCUCGACGGUAUUUGACCUAAAACAGCUCACAGUGAAACGAAUUGUCUACACUUCUAACAUGUAAUAUUAUUUGCAAAACCACUAUUUUAUAGUAAUCGCAGCAUCAAGGACAAAGGUAGCGUUUCUGAACAGUCUCGACGGUCUGGUGCGACAGAGGCUUUGUAAAACUAAGUAAAUGUUACUAAAAUUCUUGCCAAGAAAUGUGCUUGAAUUACACUUUACACUAAAAAUGCGAGAAUUAAUUACCCUUUAUACAAACAAUCAAGAAAGCGGGGUAAAUAUUAAUACAAUUGCUCUGCAAGUGAACGAAAUGAAAAUUAAUAAAAAAAAUUAUCAGCCAUUCCACUCUGUGAAGGUGGAUGACCAGCGAUGCUGUUUCGCACACUACACAGAGGUGACAUAGAAUUUUAAACAAAGGUACGAACAUAUUUAUUGUCCUGAUCGGUGGUCAUCGUGAUGAUAGGUACACUCACACAUUUGUGUAUCGCCUCUGUUAUUAAAUGCGUCCGUAAUGUAAGACAAUGAUGGCUCAUACCAUCUUAAGCAACGGCUCAUACCCCCAUAAACACGGCCUCCCCAUUACGAUGACAGAAGAGAAGUGAAAAUCUAUGCUGGAAUGAUAAGUGACGAUGACUAGGAAUGCGGGAGCAGUGGCACAAGUGUGUUCGCACUGAGGGGUGCCAAUGAGCCAGCUGUAGAAGAAGACGAUGACGCUCGAGCCAUUGCUGAUGAUGAUAGUUUCUGUACACAGAUGCCACGAAACCCCGGAUCUUAGCCAAAUACAGCUUCGCUGUAAAAAUAUUACAAGAACAAAAAAGAAGUCUAGCGAGGGGAGUCUCAGAUCCCGUGUCAAUACUGGUGAGGGGUAUGAUACCCCUCGAGACCCCCCUGACUUUAAGCACUGAAUGUGUGAAACACACUUACUUUAGUGCCUUGGUUGCAUGGCUCUGAAAUGCUAGGUUUGAAUGUUCUGGAGUGACUUUGCAAACACAUUGCAAGGCCUGCAUGCUUGUGUUGCAGACGGCUGUUGAUUUUUGGCCAGAAGUGUUUGCCACGCGAAGAAAAACAUGCACCUGUCAUGUUCUUGUCUGUUAGCAUUGUCCUCUUGUCUGCAGCUCUUUUUAUUUUUAUUAGCUAGCUUUCAAUUUCAUUUCUGGCAGUGUUGCUGUCACACUACAGGAAAAAAAGUACAUGUAAAAUGUGUGUGCGUUCCUGGUUUCUUUCGAAAUCAGUUGACUGAGGUACAAGGUUCUGGAAGCUGUGCUGUUUGCAAGUAACUCCUUGCAACAAAUUUUAAGUGCCUUCACCCUUUUUGGUGCUGGAAGCUCUAGACUACUUAGAAUUCUAUGAAAAUACAGUGCUCAAACUACUUUUGCUUUCUCUAUGCUUUAUGGCUUGAUUGAGAGUGAACAUGUCACAAAAUGGAAUAACAAUGCAGGUUAUUAGUGACAUGUAUUGAAAGAAACAGAAAAAUAUUUAAGCCAUUGAAAGUGCAAUUUGCUACGGAUGUGCAAAUACAGAAUAGUAGAUUUCGAGUCAAGUAUUGAAUUGAAGCAAGAAAAAAAAAAGCUGAAUAUCAAAUCGAAUUGAAUGUCAGAAAAUUUAUCACAAGGUUAUAUGCUUAUAAAUUUUUAGCAACAAAAUGCAGUGUUGCACAUGCUUGGGAGGCUACUCGUAAUAUGUAACAAGAGUAUUGCUAGCUAUCAGUGACUUUGGUACCUAGGAAUCGAGAUUUAUAAUAUGCUCUACUCCUAUUAAAUGGAACACCAAAUUAGGAUUCCAGAAGUGAUAACUCAGCUCGUUACGAAUAUCAGGGAAAUAUUUUUUAUCGAUAGAAUAUCUGUGAAAUACAGUUAAACCUGCUUAUAACGAACCACUAUAUAAUGAAUUCCUGGAUAUAACGAAGUUUUUAUAUUCCCCGCCGUUACUCCAUAGAAUCACAUGUAUUUGAGACCUCUAGGUAACGAAGUGGCAGCGGGAGACCCCCUCGAAAUAAUGAAUUUUCCCUGCCAACAACCUAGAGAUUUCGGCCCAAAUUUUGUCAUUUUUGCGCUAGCAGCAACCGGAAGCACCUUCUCCGCCGUGACGGAAUGCGAAGUGGCGGCGUUGCGCUUGGCGCACUCGAAUUCAUGGUGACUGCAAGGCGAGAGCGAGCGCACGUGUGCGUGUGUAUGAGCGUGCGUGAGGCGGGCCUGCAUCCCUCGACCCGGCGAUCUUGCCGCGGCGGGCGUGACCUUUUCCCCUCCCUUCAUUCAAACCUGAUCCCGCCGCUCGCUGCAGCUGGCCUAGCC